CUCCCAUCGCUCUCCCAGCUCCCAGUCACAGGUCACACUAGCUCACUCUCUUUCCCCCUCCCCCCUCUCAUCCCGGUCCCCGGCGCCUCCACGCAACCGGCGCCGCUAUGGCGUACUCGGGCGCCGGCGGCAAGAUGUCGGCCGUGGACGCCAUCCUCGCCGAGGCGGCCGACCUGAUCGCGCUCGAGCAGAUCGCCAAGCUCAACGCCGCCCACCUCGCCGACGACUCCGCCCUCCCGUCCAGCCUCGAGUCCCGAUUCCGUAAGCUCAAGUCCCUCCCCGCCGCCCCGGCCGCGCCCGUCAAGACCCUUAGCCGCAGCGCCACCGCGCCGCACCCCACCCUGCCUGACCCGCCGCGGCUGAGCGCUGCGCCUGAACAGCCGCCCGCACCGACCCCGGCGGUCCAAGAAGAGCAUCCACCGACCCCGGCGGUCCAAGAAGAGCAUCCACCGAGCCCGGCGGUCCAGGGCGAGCGGCCACAGGGAGGCGUGGCGGAGGCGGACGAGAAGAAGGGCGACUCCUCGCCGCCGCCGCAGCUGCGCCCUCCAGCCACCGUCCCGGCGGUUCACGACGACGAGGACCUGGAGAAGCUGUUCGGAUCAGGUGGGCGGGGCCGGCCGACGCUGCGGGAGCGGAACAGGGGCCGGGACGACGACGGCUCUCCCUCGCCGCCGCCGCCGCGCCAGGCGUGCUGCUUCGGCUUCUCCCCCAGCCCCAGGAAGCCCCUGCAGAGGACGCCGACCAAGGGCAAGAAGGUCCAUGGGUCAGGGGACGGCGACGUUCUCGGCAUCGACUCCGGCGAGUGGGGCGACGAGAACAGGAGGAUGGUCACCGAGCUCAAGGAGCAGCAGCGCAAUCUCAAGAAGGCGCUCGAGGAGCAGGUGAAGGUCAGCAGGGAGACCGCCAAGAUGGCGAGCUGGGUCAAGCAGGCGUCCGCGCGCAUGAUUCAUACGGCGGCCAUUGACGACUUGCUCAGUGACUGCGAAGACGACGAGGAGCUCAAGUGACCGAAAGCCAUCGCCUUUCGCCCUUGCCUGUCAUCUUUAUUAGUAGUUCCACUGCCUUGAUCACAAAUCUAUCAAAUGCUUAUGGUACUACUAUAGAGCAGAGCUAGCAUAAGAGUUCGAGGUUUCAGGGGAAAUGAAAAUAUGCUGUUUUUCUGUGUGAUAAAAGAUGUGAGAACGAAAUCAGUAUGUAAGGAGGGCAUGAGUAAUACAAGAAAGAUGAAAAAACUACUAUUGUUAAUGUC